GAUGGCGUACCUCCGAAUGGUCUUCCUGCUGUUGAUUGCUGGCGUUGGUGCAGUGGCAGUUGUUCCUGAGUGCUGUGAAUUCCCGUCCUUGCUCAACGCAACACAGGUUCAUUUCCAGAGAGUCCUUCGCCUGGGGUGCUUCACUAGUGUCGAUCUUGUUGAGGCCUCUUUUGCACGCAUUUCCGAGGUCAACUCGAUGCUCAACCCUGUCUUGGAGACCAACCCAGAUGCAUUGAAAAUUGCAGAACAGCGAGACCGGGAUAGACAGGAAGGCAAAACCUUAGGCCCCCUCCAUGGGCUUCCAGUUCUGGUCAAAGAUUUAAUAGGUACAGAUGACCAAAUGGAGACGGCAGCCGGUUCAUAUGCGCUUAUCGGAGCCAAAGUUCGAAGGGACGCUACUGUCGUUGCAAAUCUCAGAAGAAACGGUGCGAUCAUUAUCGGAAAGACAAGCCUGUCGGAAUGGGCAAACACUCGUUCUAUCAAUUCGACGAAUGGCUGGAAUGCCAGGGGCGGCCAAACUUAUGCUGCGUACGUUGAAAACCAGGAUCCAAAUGGAAGUUCUAGUGGUAGCGCCGUGGCGGUCGACCUGGGUCUCGCCUUUGCAGCAUUAGGAACAGAGACUAGUGGUAGCAUUAUCUAUCCUGCCGAAAGGAGCAACAUUGUCGGUAUCAAGCCAACAGUAGGCCUUACAUCGCGACACAUGGUGAUUCCUGUUAGUGAGCGCAUGGAUACAAUUGGACCGAUGGCCAGAACAGUCCGCGACGCAGCGCUAGUGCUACAGGCAAUUGCGGGUGAAGAUGCAAAUGAUAACUAUACCCUGUCCUCGCCAUUUCAUGGAAACCUUCCCAACUAUGCUGCAGCGUGCGAAAUAACUGGCUUACAGGGCAAGAGAAUAGGAGUUCCCCGAAAUGUUCUCAGUAUCCUACCUGACAUCUUCGGCACCGCAGCCGAGCCCAUUAUAGACUCGUUUGAAAAAGCCAUUGCAACGAUUAGGGAGGCAGGUGCAACCAUUGUCGAAGAAGCUAAUUUUACUGCAUACGACGCAUUCAUGAAGAGUCAAAUCCCACAAAGAGUGGUAGCGGCAGACAUGUUGAGUGGAUUCGCAGCCUAUCUUUCGGCAUUAAACAGCAACCCGAACAAUCUUCAUUCGCUGGAGGACAUUCGUAACUUCACGCAGCACAGCCCUCAAGAAGGCUAUCCAUUGCGGGAUACAGAGGCUUGGGAUAUGGUGAUCUUGGCUGGAAUGAACAAUUCGUCACCGGGUUUCUGGAACUUAUACCAACAAUCUCUCUUUUUCGGCGAAGAGGGAGGCUUGAUGGGCGCGCUUUCACGACAUAAUCUCGACGCCAUAAUCCUCCCGUCACGUUUGUCAGCAGACAUUCCAGGAAUAAUUGGUAGCCCGAUAAUCACGGUCCCGUUUGAUGCAUUUCCUCCUGGUACCCCCACUCUGUAUAAUUUGCGUGGAGACCUCACUGAUGCCGCGCCUGGUGUGCCGUUGGGCGUUAGUUUCCUGGGGCAAAAAUGGAGUGAGGAGUCUCUCAUUUCCAUGGCCUUUUCAUUUGAACAGCGAACAAAGGCACGCAAUACGCUUACUCGCUUUGUUGAGCCUGGAACAGAACUGGCAGAUCGGAAGAAUUGUUCGAAUGACGUGAGCUCCUAGAUAUUUAUAUCUCGUCAACAACUGAGGUGUUAAGAUAACUGCUGGAGUGAACACUAUGUCCACACAUAUUGUCUGUAGCGAAUUGUUAUAUUGUUGUAUUAGCAGCGGCAGGAUCCUAGUUAGAUGAAUUAAUGACCAAAUAAUCUAUGAUAUACCCAAGUGAAGCAGGUUGUGUUGUCCCG